UCGGGUAGGCGGCGGCGGGCACUGGGAGUGCGCUCUCCGGCCGGGUUUGUUGUCGUGUGCUCCGUGAGCCGCUUGGCGCGAUGCGUGCGAAGUGGAAGGCGGAACAUCUCUGGCUGUACUUGCUGAAUCUGGGCUUCGAUCCGAGGGUACACGACAACAGCGCAGCGGUGGGAAUGAAUAUGUUCGAUAAGCCAAACCAUGGGGCAUUUCAUGUUGUUGCAAAAUUCUUGUUUGCUAAGUUGGAUUCGACCCGUGCAGCAGAAAUUUUCAAAGACCUUUCAGCAGCAAACAUCAUGAUUCCUGAAUUUAGGAAGCAGUGCUGUAAAUGGCUAAAAGAGAUUGCAAAUGAAGACGAAAGCCAUCUUUUACAAAUUGCACCUUCUUCAUUUACUUCUCCUGCUGGUCUUAAAGUUAUUAGUAUUUUGUACUGGCUUGCAAGACACGUGAUGGUUGAAGACCUGAAAAUGAACACUGUUGGCACUAAUAUACCUUUCGCUGAAGCUGUAAUGUUGAAACCUGAGGAUGUGUACAUGGCAAAUGCAAGAUGUAGAGUCGCAUACAAUAAACUUCUGCAAAUUUUUCAAAAGGAAGAUUUUGUCAUACAAGAGUAUCAGAAAAAAGCAAAGCUUUUAGUUAAAGAAAUAAAACAGAUGAAGACUGAAAAUGCACGCCUGGAGAUACAGUCUUGCAAGAUGAAACAAAAUGACCAAAAUGGAAAUGGCAAAAUAGAGAGAAUUCAAAAGGUCCGCAGUAUGUGGACCCUUAUAAUGGAAAUGCUUGCUUCUCUGAAAAAGGAAAAGGAGCUUGUGGAUUCUGUACUUGAUAUACCUGAAUAUUGUGCUCAUCAGUGCAUUUUAGAUGGAAAGAAAGUGGUUUUCAGAGUUCCACAGCUGUUGAUUGGCAGACUUGAAAGGGACAAACACCAACUUUGUACAGGAAAUACAUAUGAAGGUGAAAACCUGAAUUUCUUAACAGUAGUUCAGCUAUUAAAUGAAGCCCUGAGGACACUGAGAGAUGAAUGUUGUCAAUCUGUAUUAAACCACCAACUUCAGGACACUGAGAAGAGGGUUAUGUAUCAUGAAAAAGUACUACACAAUUUGGAAGCAAAGAGUCUGAAAAUAGAGCAACGGCGUUGUGUGUCAGUGAGUGCAUCUAUUUCUCAAAAACAGGAAGAUUGGGAAGUGAAGUGGAAAAACUUUCUUGGCUUGUGUCCUAGUAAACUCAUCUUAGAACGGUAUCCAUAUUUAAGAACUUCACCACCCCAUUGUUUUGAUGUUGCAGAAGAUGAGGAGGAUAGGUUCUUUUAUCAACACUUACUAUCAGUUCCAGAUGCUUAUGGCUCCAUUCAUGAAGUACGUUAUGAGGAAGAUGGUGAGGCAUUGGGAACUGUGAUGAAUAAGUCAACAGCUGUACCAGGAUGGUUGUCUUCAGUGCCUUUGGAGUUGUCAAAAGCAUCUGAAAACAAAGAUGUGUUAAUUGAAAAGAACUUGGCUGUUGAAACUUCCAAGUGCAAAAAAAAGCCUAUGCCUCCAAAGAUCUUAAAAGAUGAAACGGAUGAGUCCGCUGUUUCAGACUUGUGGGAGAAUGCAGGUGAUCACGUUAUCCAGACAGAGCCUCCUGUCAAAAAAGAAGACCCUACUGAGAAAGCCAGAGAUGAGCUGGCAGAAGAGUUUGCAAAAGCAGUGACAGCCGAGUCACCUCAGAGUGGUAAAGGAAAAGAAAUGCCAUUAGAAGAUCUCAUUAGCUCACUGGCUUUUAACAGUUUUUUAACAAGGAAACGAAUUUCGCGAACACCGGAAAAUCUGCUUACUGAAAUUAGAAGCUCUUGGAGAAAAGCUGUCAAGAAUGAGGGCUCAUCAGACACAGAGCUGACCCCAACUGGAGUAGUGAUAGAAGAUCCAGUGGAUGCUACACACGUAACACAGAAGGCAGCAGACUCUAGCUUCCAGUGCUCUAUUCUUGCAUCACCUGUAUCUGAUGUUGAUCCUUCUUUGUCAGAAAUUAAGUUCCAAUUAAGUUCUAGAGAAUUAAAACCUCAAGAGCAGAUGAAGGUAAGUCAUAUAAUUGAAUCUCCAAUUUCGGAAUCUGAAAUGAAAGGCAGCAAGAGAACUGAAGAACAGAAAAAUUCUGUAAAAGAUCCAGAAGAACAGGAUUUUCAGUAUGUAAGGAGCAUGGAUGCUGCAGAUAUUUGUUCAGAAGACAAUAGUAGAAGAAAUUUUCUACCGUUAAACCACUUUCAGUAUUCCUUAAGGGACAGUAUGCUGCACAGCUUUGUUUCUCCAUCAUUAAGUUCUCCCAGUCAUGAAGAUGCCUUCUUGGGUAUAUGGAAUGAGACACUUCCACAGGAACUUAGUUACAUAGAUUCUGACAAAUCUGCAAGCCCUGAGUCUUAUUUUAAUGUAAUAAGCAAUGUGUGUGUAACAAGUGGUUCAAAAAAUAAGGGGGAUAUUAAAAAAUCAAGGCUAGAUGUACAGUCCCCCUUCAACACACAUAAAGCAUUGGAGAAGACUACAUUUAGAGGUGAAGAGGAGCUGCAUCAGAUGCAUAAUGGAAGUAAAUCUGUAAGUUGUAGGUCAGACCUAAGUCUUGCACCAGAAAGAAGGGAAAGAGGUGAAUUGUGCAUUCCUCUAGAAGUCUUCUGCUUGGAUGAAGAAUUCAGUAAGAUGCCAUCGCCAGUAUCUCUUAAUGAAAGAAAAUAUUCCCUGUCAUCUUUGUUGAUGUCCUGUCAGCAGCUGGAGGAAAUGGCAGCAAUGGUACAGGAACUCCCAAUGGACUUACAACAUAAAUUGAAGGAUAAAGAGCAUUUGAAGCAGAAGCUGGAUACAAAUGAGCCAUCAUCAGAAUAGAAUUUGUAAAGCGGAAGCAUAAACGUAGUAGCACAAUUAUAAUUCACUUGAGCAUCUAGCACCUUCUCCAAGAAAAAGCUGUGCUCCUUUAUUUUUUUGCAGAGACUGUAUUGCAGUCAUCUUGUUUAAGAGUCAGUUGCCUGCUCUGGUACUUCAAAUUUUGUCAUCCAUAGCAACACUCCCUGUACAGCCUAUCAAUUAAGUACAGAACAGUAUAUUUCUUUUAUAUAUCCUUUUAAAAAUAACAGAUACUGGGUAAGUGGCAUAACUAGAAAAUGGGAAAACAAAGUCUCAAAGGAGGAGUAGUAAAAUCUUUGGUGUCUCUAUCUUGCCUCUAAUUCUCUACUCUACCCUUGCCCCCCAAAAAAAAAACCCCGCCACCAUAAUUUUAGUUGGUGCUCUACAAUCAUUGGAUUAUUCUCUCUUGUUGAGCUGUCUCAUCGAUAUUGCCAUCAGUUGUUGAUAGAGGCUGCUGUCUUUGUAAACUUACACUGAAGUGCCUAUUUAUUUAGGCUUAUUACUAAAUACAUGUUGUAUAUGAAAUACAUGUGUAUGUUGUAAAGAUCUAUGAUUUGUGGUAGUUAAUGCCACUUAAUUUUCAAAUAGUUGAUAUACAUGUAUGACAUUGUGAUGUAAGUAACUGAUAAUAUAGCUUGUGGUGGGUUGCAAAUGUGAAAGCUGAUUCCAGUGGAUAAGCUUUUUGUUGUGUUUUUGAAGUGUUGUUAAACACGGUUUUAUUUGUGUU